GCGGACGUGGUCCACGGCGACUACUUCAUGGGCGGCAUGAUGGUGAUCAACGGCCUCAUGGCCCUCGUCCUCCUCCUCUCGGGCCUCUUCCACUCCUUCCUCCGCCGCCUCGGCCAGCCCAGCAUCAUCUCCCACAUCCUCGCCGGCGUCGUCGUCGGCCCCACCUUCCUCGGCCGCGCCGUCGACCUGCGCCGCCUGGGCAUGCAGAACGCCGGCAGCGCGCUGGGCGACACCAUCUACUACCUCCGCAUCAUCUUCAUGUUCUUCCUCGGCCUCGAGAUGGACCUGCGCUACCUCCGCCACAACCUGCGCCGCUCUCUCCUGCUCGCCUGCGGCGGCUCCGCCAUCAGCUUCCUCCUCGCCGUCGCCGCGGGGCCCUUCUUCUACGGCAUGCUCCACCCAAGCUUCGCCGCCACCUUCCAUCCCCAGAAGCUCUACGCCUCCACCGCGCUCUUCAUCCUCGUGCUCACCAGCACCGCCUCCCCGGUGCUCAUCCGCAUCGUCACCGAGCUCAAGCUGACCACCUCCGAGACCGGCCAGCUCGCCAUCGGCGCAGCCUUCGCCACCGACAUCGCCAGCCUCACCGCCAUCAGCAUGAUGGUGGUGAACCCCACCAUCUUCGGCCACGACGGCAAGCCCCUCCCGUCGCGCUCCUCCUCUUGCUCCAUGCAGUUCCUCCUCUUCCUCUGGAUGGCGCUGGUGGUGUGCGUCGCCGUGGGCGUGGCCGUGAGGGCGGCCAGGCUGAUCAACCGGAUGAAGUGGGGCCGGCAGUACGUGAGCAAGUACGAGCUGCUGGGCAUGCUGCUGCUCAUCGUGGGCCUCUCCCUGGCGGUGCAGUUCAUGGGGUACAGCGCCUCCAUGGCCGCCUUCCUCAUCGGCCUGGCGGUGCCGCGCGAGGGGCCCCUGGCGCGCACGCUCGUCGACCGCCUCACCUACCCGGUGCACCAGAUGGUGAUGCCGCUCUGCUUCGGCGCCAUCGGCGCCAGGCUCGACUUCGCCGAGAUCGGGCGCUUCACGGCCACCCAGUUCGCCUUCGCCGUGGCGUUCACCACGGCGGUGAGCUCCGCCGGGAAGGUGGGCGGCACGGUGCUGGUGGGGCGGUGGCUGGGCAUGUCGGCGCGGGAGGCGCUGGUGCUGGGGUUCCUGCUCAACGUCAAGGGCUACUCGGACAUCCUGGCCAUCAACUUGGCGGACAAGAGCAACGUGUGGGGCGACACGGCGCAGGUGGUGCUGGUGGUGGCGUCCAUCGUCAACACCUUCAUGGCCGGGCCGGCGUCGGCGGCCAUCGUCCGGCAGCAGCGGCGCGCCUUCAAGUACCGCUCGCACUGCCUGCAGGAGCUGCGGCUGGAGCAGGAGCUGCGGGUGCUGGUGUGCGUGCACGGCGCCGGCGGCGUGCAGGCCAUGCUGACGCUGGCGGAGCUGUCCAAGGGCAGCAGCGCGCCGGUGGCCGUCUACCUGCUGCACCUGGUGGAGCUGCAGACGGCGCGCAAGUACGCCAUCACGCACCUCUACAACAACCAGUCCUUGGACUCCAAGGAGGAGGAGGAGGAGGACGCCCGGUGGGGCUACUCGUGGGAGAUGGAGCAAGUGACGGCGGCCGUGCACGCCUUCAGCACCUACGACGCCGCCGUGCCGGUGCCGGUGCGCCAGAUGACGGCCAUCUCCAGCCUGGCGUCCAUGGACGAGGACGUGCGCAACGGCGUGGAGGACGCGCGGGCGUCGCUGGUGAUCGUGCCGUUCCACAAGGAGCAGCGCUACGACGGGCGCAUGGUGUCGCGGCGCGGCGGGGACGGGCGGCGGCAGCUGAACCAGCGCAUCCUGCAGCGCGCGCGGUGCACCGUGGGGAUCCUCGUGGAGCGGCGCCUCCCCAGCAUACCUGGCAUCAGCGCCCAAGAAGAAGAAGCGAUGCACCAGGUGGUGGCGGUGUUCCUGAGCGGUGCGGACGACCGGGAGGCGGUGGCGUACGCGACGCGGCUGUCGGCGCACCCGUCGGUGAGCGUGUCGGUGUCCCGGUUCAUGCUGCCGGAGGAGUCGCGGACGAGGAUGAGGAUGUCGGAGGAGGAGGCGGAGGACGAGGAGUUCAUGGCGGAGGUGCGCGCGCGGUUCGUGUCGCCGGGGCAGGUGACGUACACGGAGCGGUACGUGAGCAACGGGGUGGAGACGCUGGAGUCGCUAAGCUCGAUGGUGGGGGAGUGCUCGCUGUUCGUGGUGGGGCGGGGUGGCGGCGAGGGCGGAGGCGGGGCGGCGAGGAACACGAUGACUCGGGGCAUGGCGGGGCUGGAGGUGGAGGAGGAGGAGUGCCCGGAGCUGGGCGCCAUCGGGGAGGUGCUGGCGUCGGACGACUUCUUGGGGUGCUCCGCGUCGGUGCUGGUGCUGCAGCAGCACAAGCUGCACCGGAGGAUGAGGACCUGGAAGCAGAAGCAGCAGCAGUCGCACUCCCAGUCCCAGCACGGCGGCGGCCGCGCCUUGCCCUUCCCCGACGAAGACGACGACAUCUUCGACUGGAAUUAUGACUAG